CGGCAACAAGAAGAUCCAGACGAGCGCGAAUUCUUGAGGCAACUCAUCGCGGAAAAGAAGGAGGAGCAAAAUAGGAAAAGAGAGAUGGAGGAGAGGAGGAUAAUGGACGAGAAAAUUAGGCUCGAGAUUGAACGAAAUGCCGAAGCAUUGGAGGCUAGAGUGAUGUCCAAGAUUGGAAGACAAUAUUUGGUAGCUAGGGAUGAAGCAAGGAGGGAAGAAAUCAAAACGCCAGUUACACGCACUCCGAUGCGGGUGGAGAGAGAGGAAGAUUUUGGAGACUAUGCCAACAAGGGUUUGGAAGAGAUCGAUGACGAGAUCGCCAAACUCUAUGAGUUAAGGGAGCGAAAACGUAAAGGGAAGGAGUUCGCUGAUAUCAACAGACGCCCGUUCAAGCAGCCGGUGUUUCGGCAGUGCGGCGAGGAAGAGAUGCCGGCGGAAUCCUCUCGGAUGGGAGAAGAACGGACGCGUACCAAGAUCACUGCAGGAUCGGGUCCGGAAGGGGUGCUAGCCUAUGUGCAAGCUCAGAGGAAGAUCCUGAUGACGAAAAACAAAGACCAGCUGAAGGUGAUAUGCAGAAAUGAGGGUGUAAUUUACACCAGCAAGGCACCCACGAUCGAAAAGAUUAUUGAAGCACGGGCGAAGAUGGCAUAUAAGGGGUUUGUUUUCACACCGGUCGAGUCACCAGCCGGUAGCCCUGACCUGGAACAGACCCCAGCGAAGUGACUUCAGUCUUAUUCUCGUUUUCGGCUCUGGUCGAAUCUAUUGGAAUGUAUGCGACUCCGGAAUCAG